AUGUGCCCAUCGUCAUUUCGCUUGAUUUUAAGUGUUAUAUUAAUCGCUUUUCUCUUUGUUGGUCUUUGCGAGGCUCAUCGGCAUAUAAAUGUGGAUAUCAUCAAUGAUAUUGGUCCAAAUGUUCAAUUGGGACUACACUGCAAAUCGAAGGGUAAAGAUCUCGGACCUCAAUCUUUAGCCCCUCAUCAACACUGGGGAUUUACUGCAUCUCUUAAUGUUUGGGAGACGACUCUGUUUUUUUGUCACUUUGUUUGGGAAAAUCAGUCUAGAUGGUUCGAUAUUCUUAAGGAAAAGAGAGAUACAAUUGUAUGUAAAUAUCAUCCCUGUGUUUGGAGUAUUAGACCUAGUGGUCCAUGUAGGUUAACGGAUCAUGAAAAAUGUUACCCAUGUAAUGCUGAUAUUUGA